UCCUCGAGAGACAGUCGAUCGGGGAGAUCGGCAUUUACGCGCCAGUGUGGAGAGAAGGUUAUGGGAUCGAGGCAUACACCGCGCCGGCCCGGCCGUAAGAGAUGAGAUCGGGACGACCGUAAAUAAAGGUGGAUGCGCACGCACGGAGAACGACGGCGAGUCGUUGCGAGCGCGAGGAAGAAAGAGGAAGCGUGACGCGCGGCGGCCGGCAGUGUGCGGGAGGCAGAUGCAUGGGACGCUCUGAUUGGUCGCGGCGGCUGCUAUGGCCGCCGAUUGGCGUACCGCACGCAUAUAUCUCAAGGCAGAGCGUACGGACGCGCACGUACACCCGCGGGCCGCGUAGCAGUCGCUCGAGCGACCGAGAACAGUGAGAAGAGCGACGGAAACGGUCGGUCCGUGCGCGUCGUCGCCGUCGCCGUCGUGGUCGUCGUCGCCGCCGUCGUCGCCGCCACUGCCGUAGUUUAUUCGUAAGACGGAAAGCGUUCGUGUGCGACGUCUGUGGCGCGGAUGGCUCGAGGAACGACGCCAUAGCGAGUAGGAGCUGGAGAUCGUCGUGAGAGAAAGAGAAAGAAGAGAGAGAGAGAGAGAGAGAGAGAGAGAGAGAGAGAGAGAGAGAGAGAGAGAGAGAGAAUAUAUAUAUAUACAUAUAGAUAUAUAUCUAUAUAUAUACAUAAAGUGUGGUGAUUCGACGAGGGGAAGAGUGCGGUCCGGAUACGACGCCGACCGUCUCGACACAACCGCGUAUACGUAAAACUCGACAAUCCGUCAAUGUUAGAGCCGCCGUAGGCUUAACCAUUCUCAAUAUUUGCCCUAUAUUGUGUAUACCAGAUUUUUAGAGGCUGAUAAUUAGUAGCGCGAAGUGCAUCGCCAAAAACGGAGUGGCGGCACGCGAGGGGGAAGGGGGGCGGGAACGAGCGAGCGAGGAUAGAAGGUAAGCGUGAGCGAGAGAGCGACGGAGGGAGAGGGAGGCGAGACGAAACGGAGCGGAGUGCGGAGUUAAAAUCGCCGUUUUAACUCCGACACGCAGAAGGACAAAGACCGCGGCGUUGGCAUAACCUCCAAUUCGUUCGCGCCGCGCGAGCGAGGCUGCGGUGCGCCUCAGGUCACGAGGAGAUAAAGUGAGAGUGAAAGAGAGAGAGAGAGAGAGAGGAAGAAAGAGUAUAUAUUUUUGCAAGUGUGCAACGCGCGACUAGGGCGACUGACGCACGGAAGAGAGAAAGAGAGAGAGAGCACGUGCAUCAAUUACGUCCGACGAGAUAGAAGGUCGAAUCUGUUCAAGUUUGUUUCGCGUUCUUCUGCGACACCUGGUAUACGAAUAUAACGCAUAGGUUAUAACGCGUUUUUACGUGCGUGGUGGCCUGACACGUUACAAGUUUCGUUUCUUCGAUUGUUCGUUCGUUUUGGGCUCCGCGACGUAUAAGCGGAUAUAAGUAAAAAGGAAAAAGAGGGAAACGCAAAUACGGUAUACGCGCUACGCGCACGCACGCACGCACGCACGCACAUACGUGAGAUACGCGGACACGGUGGCCGACUGAUCGUCAUCAUCACCACCACCACCGCUGAGAGUGGAGUGGAGUAGCGAGUAUUCGGUUGAUGGAUGAGACUGGCAGGAUGCUGCAACACGGAGGAUCAGGUGUGGGUCUGAUGGGUGGAAACCAGGGCCAGGGGGCCCAGAACACCGCCGGCUACGGCAGUAUGGGUCCGGUCGACGGCACCGCGGCCCAGGGCCCCGACCAGGCGGUCGAGGCCAGGAAGCAGGACAUCGGCGAGAUCCUGCAGCAGAUCAUGAACAUCACGGACCAGAGCUUGGACGAGGCGCAAGCGAGGAAACACACCCUCAACUGCCACAGAAUGAAGCCCGCCCUGUUUUCGGUGCUCUGCGAGAUCAAGGAGAAGACAGUUUUGUCGCUGAGAAACACGCAAGAAGAAGAGCCGCCAGAUCCACAGCUAAUGAGACUGGAUAAUAUGCUGAUCGCCGAGGGAGUCGCCGGACCAGAGAAGGGUGGUGGCGCGGGGGCCGCCGCAUCAGCAUCCGCGGCAGCUGCGGCCGGUCCACCCGGGCAACCGGACAACGCGAUCGAGCAUUCGGACUAUAGGGCCAAGCUUGCUCAGAUUAGGCAAAUUUAUCAUCAAGAACUAGAAAAAUACGAGCAGGCCUGUAACGAAUUCACUACUCAUGUAAUGAACCUGUUGAGGGAACAGAGUCGCACCAGGCCUAUUACACCGAAAGAAAUCGAGAGGAUGGUCCAGAUUAUCCACAAGAAAUUCUCCAGCAUUCAGAUGCAGUUAAAACAAUCCACAUGUGAAGCCGUGAUGAUUCUAAGGAGUCGAUUUUUAGACGCAAGACGUAAAAGAAGAAAUUUUAGUAAACAAGCAUCCGAAAUUUUGAACGAAUACUUCUAUUCCCACCUCAGUAAUCCUUAUCCGAGUGAAGAGGCCAAGGAGGAGCUCGCACGAAAAUGCGGAAUUACCGUGAGCCAGGUGUCCAAUUGGUUUGGAAAUAAAAGGAUACGCUACAAAAAGAACAUCGGUAAAGCGCAGGAAGAAGCGAAUCUGUAUGCAGCCAAGAAGGCAGCUGCAGCUUUUGCAGGAGCAUCGCCAUACAGCAUGGGCGGUGCCAGCCAGGGUACCCCGACGCCGAUGAUGUCGCCGGCGCCGCCCGGAGGACCGCAGGACAUGGCCGGGUACAGCAUGGGAAUAAACGGCAGCGACUACGGCUCGCAGCCGUACAACGACGGCUCCAUGGGAUACGACCCCAUGCAUCAGAAACGAAGUUCUCGGAAUCGGAAGUUUCUGGAAUACGCAUAUGACGUCUCACCGUAGAAAACUUGUGGACGUCGCUCGGAGUUCUGAACCUAUCUAUUGACUCAUUUCUAAUCGCUCGUGUCUCAUCGAUUUCAAUAAUACGGGGCAUUGACCAGGGAUUGCGAUUGCGUUGAAAAAUUGAUGUGCAUGACUGUAUUCCCGCGAGCGAGAAACACGAGCCGCUUUUCAUCUCUCCUGUUCCUCUUUUUUUUUUUUUUUGUAAUUGCGCUAUCGAGCACGAAAGUCUCAUUGACCUUUAAGUAGGUAAAUGAUUUACUAGUAUAUUACGUUGUAGAGUUAAAUUUGCAUUAAUUAUCAGAUAAAGAAUGUAAAGUGAUGAAUUAUAAGGCUUCAACAAUAAAUUGAUGAGCCCUAUUGCCAACCUGAGAAUAUAAAACAUUUAAGAAAACUAUUUCUAGGAUAUUGUGACCUCGUUUACCUACUUAAAGAUUAAAUUUAGUUUCUCUCCAAUCAUCUCUUCGCCUUUAUCGAUUUCAACGUCCGCGAUACACUAGCGCGUGAACACACACACACACACACACACACACACACACACACACACACACACACACACACACACAACAUUGAAUCCAAAAUCGGCAGCGAUCUAAAAAAGAGGAGUCGAUUGUCCGGUUUUCGCGACAUCGAAAUCCUAAGCGCGGCCGAUCGAUGGAAUUCGAUCCGACAUCACACACGUAAUUGCGCCUGUCUACCCUUAGUUGGCCGUACGUACGUACAUAUGUAUUGUGUAUACGUAUAUAUACAUGUGUAUAAAAAAUAUAUAUUAUAUAUAUAUAUAUAUAUAUAUAUACAUUCUAUACUUUCGUAUAUCUGCUGUAUAACUCGCACGCCACUCUGCGUGCGGUGAGAAAAGAGAUCUCUUGUAACGAACCGAGCAGAGGACACACGAGGAUUGCGUUUCGAGUGAAAAAGAAAGAAAGAUAAUACCCCUCGAUACCGCGAGCGCGCGCGCGCGCGCGCGCACGCACAGUCGCCUGAGGACGAGCUCGUCCGGGACGUGCUCGGUAUUUUCCUGAGUAAACGAAACCGUUUCGACACGUCGGAUGUAUAGGCACGUCUCUGCAUCGGCUGCCUCGGAAUCGGUUUCGGUGAGACCGUUUUCCAGCGGGAGCGAUGACGAGACCGAAGUCCCUCUUCUCGAAUCUUCUUCUCGGACGAUCUUUUUUCACGCCACUGUGAGUUCGCGCGCGCAUACACGGCCGGAUGCUGUUUGCUUUCAGGAGCUGUCACCUUGAAAUCCUUAGGAGAAAUGCAGGAAGAACGCAUACUGACAAACCUAAAAAAAGAAGCGAAAAAGAGAGAGAGAGAGAGAAAGGGGAGUGUGAGUGCAUGUAUGUGUGCGCGCGCGCAUGUGUGUGUAAAUGCGAAAAUAAGCGAAAAAAAAGAGAACAGCAGAAAAGAAAUACGAAUACAAGACCCCGCGUUGUUAUCGCGAUAACGCUCGCGCAAUCCGAUCACCUCACUAUCUGUGAUCCGAGGCUCGCCGCUUUGAACGGCGAGUAAUACGAACUAAAAAUCGAUAUUAAGCUAUUAAGAUUACGUAACUCGCUCGUGUCUGGAGGCACUCGUGUUCUCGCCUUAAAAAAAAAAAAUCGGCCAGAAUAUCCUCAUUCUCAAUUCGCCGCCCCCUCAGAGUCCCCGCACAAUUUCUCGCCCACGAAUCUAUAAAAAAGAAACAAAAGAGCCGAGAGGUAUGUCAAUUCUAUAUUUGCGCAUGCGUUUUUCUCCUUUCCUGCCUUCGUCCUUUUCAAUUUUUCACAUUAUGUUAAUGUCUACCGAGAGACUUGAGAGCGACUCACUCCCGGAGUCAGGACCUCCUUUCCCCUCGACGGGUCGCUCUCGCGAAGCGCAGAUCUUGCCAGAUUGUGUCGCACCGAAUAUUUGUAAGCUUUUUACGAAGCGAAAAGCCGCAUUCCGAAGUUAAUGCCCGCGCGGAAUGCCCUACAAACGGUCUGCGCGACAGAGAGAAAAAGAGAGAGAGAUAAAAGGGAGGAGGGGAUUCUUCAUUACGGAGCGAUAUUCCGCGAUCUUGCCAUUUUCUCCGGCAUACGUUUCGGACCUUCGUCUCGGAGAAUUCAUAUACCGACACGAAUGCUUCCAGCCAUCGACGACAGUGUUUUUCCCCCCUUCUUACCCCUCUCAUCUGCGAUCUAUCAAGAGCAAAAAAGAUAUAUAGUGGAACGCGGAAUGACAUGUAGCAGACGCGUUGAGAGAAAUAAAGGUGCGAGAAUGAGCGACAAAGAGAGAGAGAGAGAGAGAGAGAGAGAGAGAGAGAGAGAGAGAGAGAGAGAGAGAGAAAGAGAGAGAGAGAGAGACAGAAGCAAUGUCCUGCGACACAACACUAAUGUAUACGAUUUUUCAACACGAAAAUAUAUAUUGUAGCUAUAUAUAUAGAAAUAUAUAAAAGAGGAUAGUAUAUAGGCAACCAUAACGACUAAAUGAAUCAUUGUAAUGACGAUGGUAAUUAGUAUGGCGAAGAUUAUUAUUAGUUAUUAUUAGUUCUUAAUUAGUUUAUUUUUAAUUAUAUUAUUGCCAUUAUUAUUAUUAUCAUUGAUAUUAUUAUUAUUAUUAUUAUUAUUAUUAUUAUUAUUACUAUUAUUAUUGGCGGUUCUUGCAUUGUGAUAAUCGCAAACUGUAAUUGUAUCAUCAUAUUGAUAAUAAGUAUUUCUAUGGGUUAUUAAAGUUUAUCGUCGGCUCGAGAAAGAGAAAAAGAGAAAGAGAUGUAUGUUUCUUUUUUCUUUCAAACGUUCACACCUUGGUCGAAGUCACCGAUUUUUUUUUGCCUCCUUUUUUUCCGUUCACCAUAUCACCGAUUAUUUCAAUUAUCGUAACGAAGAUGCAGAUCAUACUCAUUUUAUUUCCUAGCACGUAGAUAAAAAUGAGGAAGAAAAACAAAAAUAUCCCAUUCAUUGUAUAAACAAAGCCGAGAUGAAGAUGGAGAGUUACGAGUAUUCUCCGAGCGAUUAGGUGAUUAAACUCUGUUGUUAAAUAAUAUGUCGCGAGCGAUUCGCUCGGCUAAAGAUCGGCUGCCGCAAUGUAAUUCUCUUCUUGCGUCUCGUUUUUUUCUUUUUUUUUUUAUUCACCGUCAUUUCUACUUCGAUCGAAUUCUGCCCGAACGUUAGAUCUUCAGCGGUAAAACACAGAUUGUUGGAGCGCCCGACGUGAUUUUCAGACAGACCGUGUGCGAUUCGCAUACGAUCGUCGUGGAUCCAGAGGAUCCAGAGACUAGCGAGAUGAUUGCAAGCGAGCAUUUGCAACGAACACCAACGAAUAUAACGAUAAGUUUGUUUUCUAUUCCUGAACUGGACUGUACUAGAAUUGAACUCUAAUGCAAGCGAAAAUUGAGUGUAAGAGUGCAAGAAGGAAAUAAAGAACGCCAUAGUACAAAAAUAAUGCCGUACUACGUUACAUUUGUGGAAUUGUAUGCAAAUAAUUAUUAAUAUUCUGUUUAAAGCGUUAUUUUCCGCAAUAAAGUCUUUUUGUGAUGUUUUAAUAACGAUAUUAAAUUGCUCGUCAAUUUAAUUUGUCACACUAUGCAUAUUUUAGUUUCAAUUAAGAAAGCUGUGUUUUAAGAACAAUGAAUACGCGCAGUUUAUGAGAGCUGGAGAUUAUGAACAAAAAUCAUACAAAAAUUAUUAUUAGACACAAACUUUUGCAAGACAGAUAUGUUUGAUCAUUUUAUAUAUGUUAUAUAUUUAUUGGUAUUAAAAUCUUAGUAUUGUUUAUUAUUAAUAUUUAAUUAAACAUUCAUAAUUAAUGUAAAAUUAUAUACAUAUAAUGAUGUUUCGUGUUAAAACAAGUUAUGAUUUGUUAAGACAGUUCUUGCAAAGUAUUAUUUUUUAAAUAGUUGUACUUUUUACAACUGGCGCUGGUUUAUUAUAAGAACAUUUUUAUAUGAAUCAAGUAAUUAAAAACUAUAUAUUAUAACAAUAGUAUUCAAUAUUUUAAAUAAAAAUGAUUUCAGGGCCGCCUAGGUUUUGCGGUACCCACAAUAUUAAUCAAUAUUAUUAUAUUAAUAUGAUGCAAUUACUAUACAUUAUGAUUAUAUAUUCACACGUGCUAUCAGAAAAUAUUUCAUGAUUAUGUUUCUAUAUAAUCAUUCAGAUUUACAGUCAGAACCGUGUCAAUGGAAAGUAUUAUAUGUAUGCAAAAGUGUUAGUCUUUUUUGAAACAUUUAUUUGUUUAUUAUAAUACAGUUAAAGAAAGAUACCGGUUUUGAAGUAAUGAAUCUAUCGAAUUAUUUUUCUAUUUCUGCCACAUUUCGACCCACUGUCGUGGAUCACCGAUGCUUUCACGUGACACGGAACAUGUUAAUGACGAUUGCUAUUUCUUUAACAGUAACCAGCAAUGAUUUCAACUUGUAUAUCUAAAGAGUAAUACUAUUAAGUACAAUAUAAAUAUAUAUUUAGGCAGGAAGCUCUUAUUUUUAUAUUUAUUGUUUAACGUGUUUUGAAUCUUUGUCUUGAAGUUGACUACCGUUUGACUGUUUCAACAGUUCUUGCACUGUUUACAUCUACUCCGGACAUAGUGCGGCCAGUUCAGUGAACUCUUGCACAGAGUUCCGCUACGCUGCAAUAAAAGACAGUGGUCUCUGCCGCUAGAAUUCUGGAAUAAAGAAGAAUCAGAUAAAGAGGAACGCUUCAACGUACACUCUUUGAAUUAGUGCAGUUAAGUUCAGGAACGGAAAACGAAUCUUGAUCCCUUUUCCUUCAACGUAUCGUCGUCGUUGACGAAGCAAAUUUGUUCAUUCGCUUAGUCUAAAUACGACGAAAUUUGCGACUGCGACGCUCGGAGAUUCGUUCGCAAUCGGCGUAUCGGCCGCGGGGCAAAACGGAAUUCUCUCGCGACGCGAAAUCGCGUUCGAGAUCGCGUCUCCCCUCGAUCUCGACGGCCGCGCUAUCUUUAGCCGAAUCCUUCGCCGAUCGUGCGACCAGUACAAGUGCGUUCCGGCACAGCUAGUAUACGAGAAAACAAAAAAAGCGCGCCCGGGGUUCGCUGUGAGCGCACGUCCGGGCAUCCCUUUAUAGGCUCUACUCUAACUCUUUAAUAAAUGAAACGAUAACAAAACGAAGAAAAGGAAAAAAAUACAGAUCGAUAAUACCGUGCGAGAGAGACAGAGAGAAAGAGAAAGAGUGUGUGCGUACGCGCGCGAGAGAGAGAGAGAGAUUUGACGAAGAAAUAACGUUUAGCGUACUCUACGAAAAUACGCGCGAUAUAAAACAUUAUUAUAUAUUUAUAUCCUUCGUGCGCUCUUCUCUUCCUCUCCUUUCAUCAUCAUCCUUCUCCCCCUUCUUCUCCACCUCCGGUAUUUCCAGUCUCUCCAUUUCUCCUUCGCCCAUGUCACUCCUAUUAUGUCCUCUUCGACUUCCGUCUACGCGCGAUAGCGGAGAGAGAGAGAGAGAGAGAGAGAGAGAGAGAGAGAACGAGAGAAAGAGGGAGAGAAAAAAAAGAAGGCAGAAGAUAUAGAAAUAACGAAAGACGGUCGUACAUGCAUGAGAGAACGCCGAUUGUUAAACUCUCUAUUUAAACUGUCUUCUUUCCCUCAUUCUUUUCCGUUUCUUUUUGUUUUCGCCUCUCGAAGUGUCAUCGGUGUCACGGCGUUAACAGUCGUCCAAAGAAGAACAACUCGUACCACCUUCCUCUCCAUACAUUCCCUGCUUCCGCCUUCCCGAUUCGACCAAUUUUGUCCGAUGAUCCCGGUGUCGCGCCCACAGAGACGACGAUAUUUUUAGAUUGAUUUCUUCGUGUUUCGACAACGCGAGAGCGCGCCUUCCCCCACCCCACCCCCCUUUCUCCUCUCACUUUGCAUAUUACGCACCGGAAACAUAUUACGCGGCGUUCUCGCCGCUGAUUUCGUAUACGCAUUUUCGUGUUUGAUGAUCUCAGAGCACAAACGUGCGCGGAAGAGACGAUCGUCGACGUUGUGGCCCGAAAGACAACAGUAUACCACAGAAAUCAUUGUAUCGAUUCGAAACAUUAUGAUAAACUUAAUAAAAGGAUCGAAAAAUAUA